AUGACAUUUCCUGGCAGCGAACAAGGAAGAGACGCGUUCCUCAAGGUAUUCAAGGAUGUUGACGAUGCCGCACAAGAUGCUUCCGAAGCCGAUCCCUUUCCAGCAUACACAGACGACGACACGCAGAAAGGUCUUUUGGGUCCGUUUUGUCCCACGUCUGCACGACGUGUGAUUAAAGCACUGACCAUGGCCAAUGUUACUCCUGACGAUGGCGUCUUGGACAUUGGAUCAGGGGACGGUCGGCUCGUGACAGCAGCGGUAGCAGCAUUUGGAGCAAAACGCGGGCUGGGGAUCGAAGUCGACGCAGGACUGGUUGAAUUAUCCCGCUCGUUGGCCCAAAAGGUGCUGGCAGGAAAAGAGAGGAUGAUGGACAGGAUCGAGUUUGUGCAGGGCGACUUCUUGUCCCAGGUCGAAUUGGUGCGUGAUGUAGCGUGGAGUGUGAUUGUGGUCUUCCUGUUGCCAGACCAUACAGAGAAAUUCGCCGAUCUUUUGUUGCAUCACUAUCGACGCGGGGCAAGAAUUGUUGCCCUGGUAUUCAACCUGAAUGAAAUACCCGAGCUCAAGCUGGUCCAGGGCGACGAGCCGGAAAACAUCUACGUCUACUCGAAGGAAGGAUGA